AUGACUACUAUUUAUCAACAAAACACUCGUCCAGUAGCUUUUACUUCGGAAGGCCCUGUAUCGAUCUCAUACCCGACUUUGGUCGCUUCGCCGCUUUUGCUUGCACAAGCCAUCGAGAAGGCGUUUGGGUCCAAUCCUGAUUGCUUAGGGAUUCUGGUGAUCCGUGAUUUACCUCCGAUCUAUGCUGCCGCAAGAGAGCGCCUGCUGAAAUUGGCAUAUCGUUUUGCAAAUCUCGAUCCUCAAACACGAGAACAUUUCGCAGACCCGAAAAGUAGAUACAGUUUUGGAUGGUCUCAUGGCAAGGAAAUCAUGAAUGGAAAACCUGACACUUUGAAAGGUUCUUAUUAUGCGAAUCCUAUAGUGGACGAGCCUAGCGUGUUCGAAGCUCAACGCAUGACAUACCCUGAGUACUAUGGACGUAACAUAUGGCCGACCAAUGACGUCAAGGAAGUAGAGGGCUUUGAAGAGGCCUUCAAAGAACUGGGAAAAUUCAUUUUCCAGGUCGGGUGUGACCUAGCAGUGGCGUGUCAACCAUUUGCUUCGUCGCACUUGGUGGAUUCUUCCGUAUCCUUGGUAGAUCUCUUGAAAGCGUCACAGACUCACAAAGCUCGACUUUUACACUAUUUCCCUCCCACCAGUGAUAAUCCGUUACCCGCGGAUGACGAGCCUGUGGACAGCUGGUGUGGAUUCCACCUAGAUCAUUCUCUGCUCACCGGACUUUGUUCCGCCAUGUUUCUUCGUCGAGAGUCCGACGGUUCCCCGACUCUGGUUCAGUCACCCUCGCCUAAAUCUGGAUUGUAUAUCCGCACUCGAGGGGGCGACUUGACCAAGGUGUCUAUUCCUGUUGACUGCUUGGCUUUCCAAACUGGAGAAGCACUUGAACUCGCCACCGGUGGUAGCUUGCGAGCGACACCCCACUGUGUUCGUGUGGGUGCGGGUGCUGGAGUAGAAAUCAUCUCUAGGGAGACGUUUGCGUUUUUCAUGCAACCCGACGCUGAUCAGCAAAUCACGGCAUCCGAGACUUUUGGGCAGUUCACGAAGCGUGUACUUGACCGACAUUACAAGCAGGAUAACGGCACACCAUGA